AUCAUAUAACCUCCACUUAGAAAAUUUAUAAAAUUUACUACAGGUAAAUUUAAAAAAAAAAAAAAAGAGUUUUUACUUUAAUUUAUCUUAAGGUUUACUUGAACAUGAACAUAGAGAUCUACAACCUCCGAACUCAGUAGAGUGGCCGUGUAUACCCGAAAUUCAAUAUUUUCAACAUCGAAUAGAGAGAGGGGGAUUCAAAAAUAUUGAAACUUUCACAGAAAAUAGUAAAUUGAUGCUGUGCCUCCUUGAUAAAUAAAUAUUUGGAAACUUGAAGAAGAAGACUUCAGGAAUGCAAUUCGAUUUGAACAAUCAGCGGAUUUAUGCUUGUUGCCAAUUGGAUAUUUUACCUAAUACACAACCAUUCUUCCAACAAAGAAGCAGACAUUCAAAAAACACAUGAAAGCAAUUAAAUAUGUAGUUAUCACAAUCACUGCGGUACCUAUGCUUGAAACUUUUUACACAUAAAGUCAAAAGUGAAAACUAAAAAUGUCCGAAAAAUUCGUAAUCGCAGUAAACGAAGGAAAAAUUCGAGGAAUUAAACAAAGAUCGGUGUUUUCUGGCGCUGAAUAUUAUUCCUUUUUUGGAAUACCUUAUGGAAAACGACCAACGGAUAAACUUCGGUUCAAGGAUCCAAUAAAAGCACAACCUUGGAAAGAUGUGAAGGAUGCGACGACUGAAAAGGCAGGUUGCAUUCAGUUUUCAUUGUUGACUUUUGAGUUUUUGGGAUCCGAAGAUUGCUUAUUUAAUAAUAUUCAUGCACCAGAGUUGCCACGAAAUAACGAAAAGCUUAAACCCGUAAUUGUUAAUAUUCAUCCGGGAGCAUACAGUUUUGGUUCACCACAAACACAAUUUUAUGGAUCUCCUGAAUUCAUUAUGCAUAAUGACGUCGUAUACGUCUGCGUUUCGUACAGAUUGCAUAUUUUAGGGUUUUUGAACUUAAGAUUGAAGGAAUGUUCGGGUAAUCAGGCAGUCAAAGAUAUAAUUCUAUCACUCCGAUGGAUCAAAGAUAACAUACGAUCGUUUGGAGGCGAUCCCGACAACGUGACAUUACUUGGGAGCAGCAGCGGAUCUGUACUUAUACAUAUGCUAAUGCUAUCACCUUCCGCCAAGGGUCUAUUUCACAAAGCUGUAUUGAUGGGUUCACAUUUGAACAAUUGCGUUGUAGCUCAUCAAGAAACCAAUGAGAAUCACGCUCGAGAAAUAGCUAAAAAUCUCGGAUACGAAAGAAACCUUCAAGACAAUAAAAAAAUAUUGAUGUUUUUGAAGAAGCAAGAACCGGUAAUGCUGAUUGAAGGAUGUAGACGUUGUCAAAAGACUUCACAAGAGACUAUCGCCCCUAUAUUUCCAAUAAGCGUGUUCAAUCCGACACUAGAUCUUGGAGAUAUUCUACCAGCAUCGCCGAAAAACUUGAUCAAAACCAUGGCCAGAAUACCAAUUAUGAUAGGAUUCUCUCAAAUCGAAUCCGCCAUGGGAUUUAUUCAUGGCAUGAGGCCAAUAACAGAGAAAAACUUUAAAGGUUCUUUCCGUCAAAAUUUCUUCGGAUGGGGAUAUCAUCUUAGCGACGAUGAUGCUCAAUUAAUCCACAAAGAAGUGGAAGCGUUUUACUUGAAUGGACAACCAGUCGAACAAGCACCGCUGGCCAUCAAAAUGAACAUUCAAAGCGAUUUAUCGAUGUUCGACGUUUAUGAAACGAUUAUCAAUCCAAUAUCAGAUAAUUUACCAUCGUCUGUGUUUGUUUAUAAAUUCGAAUUCGAGGGGGAUAUUCCUACCAUGAAUACAACGCUAAAAAAUAUGAUUGAUGAACCAGUCAAAGGAACGCUUCAUGCUAGUGACUUCUGCUACUGGAAUCGAUUUGGCGACCCAAAGGACAAAAGGACUCAUCAAAUGGUGGAAAUAUUUACCAAGCUCAUAACCACAUUCGCUAGAGAAGGAGAUCCGAAUUAUGAAAAUUUUCCAGUCGAAUGGAAAUCAUGCACACGAGAUAAGCCAUGUUAUUUGAGUAUAAGUGAUCCUGUGGUAUUGGUCGAUGGUAAAUUGAACAAUGACAGAGUCGAAUUCUGGGAAAGCAUGCGAAAGAAAUACGAAAUAAAAUUACAAUGAUUAACUCGUGCCUAUAGGUACCAGGUACCUAUAUUUACCUAUGUUAUGAAACGUAAAAUUGCCAAAUGGGUCAAAUAUGGCCUCCUAUCCAACAUUCUUGCACUCAUCAAAAAUAAAUUGCACCCCAAAAAAAUUUCAAGCAAGUUAGAAAUAGUUACCAUGUUAAAUUCCGAGCUAAAAAGUUUCAAAAAUUUCGUCAUCUUCUUAAAUGUUCAAAUUAAUAGUGGAACUUGAGGAGGAGACUGAGGCUCUGGAAGGGGCCGGGUAAGUUUAAAACAAAAUCUGACGCAAUAUUUGUGCCCAGAGAGUUCACAGCAUAUGAGAACAGCAACCAUAGGUAUCAUAAAAGUAAUUUUAUAUCAGAAAUAGUAAAACUUGAGGGAGGUGGGGGCUAAAGGCUCUGGAGGAGGCUAGACAAGUGUAGCUGAAAAUCUGACGUCAUAUAUUUGUGCUCACAUCAGCGGUACUCAUUAAUAGUUAAUCCCCCCAAAAUUCUCAUCUUACCCCCACUACGACACGUUUUUUCAAUUUUUCACCAUGACGCACCAAAACAAAAAUUUUGAAAAAAAUAUAUACGAUGUUUAGGGGUCAAAAAUAGCUCCAAAAAACGUGUUUAGAAAAUUGUACCUCACGGUUUUCAUUGUUAAAAAUCAUAAAAAAUGUUGUGAAACGCCAUUUUGAGGAGUAAAUAAUGCAGUGAAGGGUUGAAAAUUGUUGAGGGGAUACCUCUUUUUGGAUACCAAUCUUUACUAAAAAAUUGAAAAAAUCGGUUCGCAAGAAGUUUUUUUUGCUAUCAUUUAAUAUGUUACUAACCCAUUACAUGGUUAUCUACAUAGGUAUGUGUCGUUACUUAAUAAGUUAAAUCUACAGGUUUUUUACGAUCAAGUCGGCGUAUUUCAGUGGGCUCAAGAACUUCACUCAUGAUUUCAUUUGGAUGAUUUUGAAGACGUUCUUCAUGUCUUCUUGCAAAUCGUUUUAUUUCAUCAUCAAUGGUUUUUAUUUAUAAAUCAUUAUGGAGUUAAGUAUUGCAUACAUACCAUGGGGCAGCAGUAAUCAUUCGUAAACAUUUGUUUUGUAUUCGUUGUAAUACGUAUUGUCAUGUUGCUCUUUUUUGCACGACCCCAAAGUUGGAUUCCAUAUAUCCAUUUUAGUUUAAUUAUUGAUUUAUAUAAUAGUAGUUUGUUCUCUAGAGAUAACUUUAAAUUUCGGUCUAGAAGCCAAAUGCCAAUGCAUGGAUUGAAUUUUCAGUUUUAUUUCUUCUCUCUUCUUUUGAAUGUGUUUUUUCCAAGCUAAUUUGUUGUCAAGAUGCAUGUCCAUUGUCCAGGUACUUUUGGUUGAAUCUUAUUGAUUUAUUACUUGAUUUUCCAUAAUAAAAUGUAAUUGGAGGAGCUACGGCUCGACGAUUAGUGAAUGUCA